UAUUGUGGCUGUUGUAACUUCAGUUUGCCGGCGACAUUAUAAAUACAAGUGGUCGAAGGCGCGGCGCAUAAGUCUGUUGCGAUUGCGCGCGAAGCGACGCGAAGGCGGGAAAAGUUUGACGUUUCCAGAAAAGUCGCCAUGUUUGUUUUGAAGUCUGCACUCCUGCUGGCGGCAUUGUCCUGCGCCGCAUCUCAGCAGGGCCCCACCACGACCCCGGUGCCCAUCCUCAAGCAGAUCAACCGUCAGAAUGACGAUGGCUCCUACAGCUUCGGAUAUGAAGCGGCCGACGGCUCCUUCAAGAUUGAGACCAAGUAUCCCAACGGAGACGUCGCCGGGAAGUACGGAUACAUCGACGAGGCAGGAAAGCAGAGAGAAAUUUCUUACGGCGCGAGCAGUAAAAGGGGAUUCGAGCCGCAAGGAACUGGAAUCAUGGUCCCUCCUCCGACGUUGAACGACCCAUCGUCCCACAACGCUCUCACCGACGGCCAGGAGGAUGACGGCCAGUACCGGGAAGACCCGAAAAUUUACGAAGACCCGAAGUACAACGGCCGCUCCCAAACGCGCCCGAGCGCUAUCAGGCAAUUCUUGAAGCCAUCCCAGCCUGAACCUCAAUACCAACGGCAGACCUAUCAGCAGCCGCAGCAAUACCAGCAGCAGCAGUACCAACCUCAACAGCCGUCUGCGUUCCGCUCGGGUCCACUUUUCUCCCAGAAGACCAGUCUUUUCAACCAGGCUCCUCAAACUUUCCCUCAGGAAAGGCAGCAGAACCAAAUCUUCCACCAGCAGCCCCAGUUCUCUUACCAGAUCACUUCGCAGCCCCAGUACAAUCAGUACCAACCACAAUACCAGCAGCAGUACCAGCAACCGCAAAACUACCAGAAUUAUCAGACACAAAACUACAAUCCUUUCACAGGACACCCGGCGCAGAAUUUCGAUCCCAAUACGGGGUCUUAUACUAUUGACUUCACUGGUUAAUUUUAGUAUUAAAUAGGAUAUCCAAAUAGUGCAAAUCAAGUUUGGCAUGUUAUCAGGCUGGUUAGUUUACAUA